CAUCAGUAACUGUCCUCAGCAGCGGUGCUGAACAAGAUGGCUGUACGUCGGGCGGAGAGCUGAGGCGAGGCUGCAUAAAAGAGCCCGAAACAGAUCGAGAAGCAGUCAGCGAGACCCAUAAGGGUAGAUACCUUGUAGUGUAAACUGACCGUAUACAUUUUUUAAAAAAUCAAAUGCGUUUUGUGUAAUGAAAACAGAAGUGGUGAAAAAUAUCGCACGCCUUCAACAAAUCACUACAAAUUUCUACUCCUGAUUGAAGCGGGGAACCGGGAGGACACAGCUGGCAGCCCUCAUAGUCCUAAUAUAAGAGAUGUCACUGCUCUGUGUUGGAGUUAAAAAAGCCAAGCUUGAUGGACCUCAAGAGAAGUUCAACACCUACGUGUCGCUGAAGGUGCAGAAUGUGAAGAGCACCACCAUCGCCGUCCGCGGCAGCCAGCCCUGCUGGGAGCAGGACUUCAUGUUUGAGAUCAGCAGGCUGGACCUGGGCCUGACGGUGGAGGUGUGGAAUAAAGGGCUGAUCUGGGACACCAUGGUGGGCACCGUCUGGAUCCCGCUGCAGAACAUUCGCCAGUCCAACGAGGAAGGGCCGGGGCAGUGGCUGACCCUCGACUCCCAGGUGAUCAUGGCGGAGAAUGAAAUCUGCGGCACCAAAGAUCCCACCUUCCACCGGGUGCUUCUGGACACGCGGUUUGAGCUUCCUCUCGAUAUCCCCGAGGAGGAGGCGCGCUACUGGGCGAAGAAACUGGAGCAGCUGAACGCCAUGAGGGACCAGGACUACACCUACCAGGAGGAGCAGGAGAGGCCACUUCCUGUCCCGGCAUCCCAGUGCUGUAAUUGGAGUCUAUGGGGAGACCAGCAAAACGACGACCCGGACAGCGCGGUCGACGACAGGGACAGCGACUACCGCAGCGAGACCAGCAACAGCAUCCCGCCCCCCUACUACACCACCUCCCAGCCCAACGCCUCCGUGCACCAGUAUCCCAUGAGGCACCACCAUGGCUCCCGCGGCAACUACAACGACACGCCAGGCAGCGAUGUGGACUACGACCCCCAGAGGACCAUGAGCCCCACGGGGAGCAGUCGCUACGCCUCCUCGGGGGAGCUGAGCCGGGGGAGCUCCCAGCUGAGCGAGGAGUUCGGCCCGGAGGACGGGGAGAGCCUGCGGGGUUCGGAGCCCUACGACGAGAACGACUCCUACCACUCCUGCCACUCCUCCGUCAGCUACGGCAAGGACUCGGCCGGCUGGGAGGGGGAGGAGCCCCCGGGGGGGUACAGCGACGAGGGGGGGUACGUGAAGGACGGCGGCGAGGGGGGGGCCCUGUACGACGAGGAGGACGGGGAGCUGUACGAGCCCGAGGAGGAGGAGGGCGGGUACACCUACGAGGAGGAGGAGGAGGAGGAGGAGCCCUACGAGGAAGACGAGGACCUGUACCCGCUGGACGGCGGCCUGAGCGAGGACCAGGAGCCCCCCUACACGCCCACCCCCACCGGCGCCGCCCCCGCGCUGGCCCCCGAGGCUCCCUCCGCCCGGCCCCCCCUGGAGAAGCAGGCCUCCCUGCACCAGCAGCAGCAGCCGCAGCCCGGUCUGCCUCAGGCCACGCCCCCAUCACAGGCCCAAACUGCAGCGUCCACGAAACCCCCAGCGGCCGUGAAACCGCCAGCGUCCGCAAAACCGCCAGCGUCCGCCGUCCUGCCCCCCGCCCCCGCGGUCCAGCCCCCCGCCCCCACUGCCAAGGCCCCCGCCCCCACUGCCAAGCCCCCCUCAGAGGAGCCUCCCCUGUCCGAAAAACCCCCUGUGGAGGACAGCGCCCCGGCCGCCCCCCCAGAGCACGCCGAACCCCGACCCGACAGUUACCCGCGGGGUGAUGAGGCUCAGGACUCCAUGACGCGAGCCAAGGCCAACUGGCUUCGCCUCUUCAACAAGGUCCGCCUGCAGCUGCAGGAGGCCCGUGGGGAGACGUCUGGCUCCCAGUCGCUGUGGUUUCAAGGGGGGCCGGGAGGGGCGCUGUACAGCAUAGACAGCAUGCCGGACCUCCGGAAGAGGAAGGCCAUCCCCCUAGUUAGAGAUCUGUCUUUAGUGCAGAACUCUCGUAAGGCCGGGAUCACCUCAGCUCUGGCCUCCAGCACGCUGAAUAACGAGGAGCUGAAGAGCCACGUGUAUAAGAAGACCCUGCAGGCGCUGAUCUACCCCAUCUCCUGCACCACGCCCCACAACUUCGAGGUGUGGACGGCCACCACGCCCACCUACUGCUACGAGUGCGAGGGGCUGCUGUGGGGCAUCGCCCGCCAGGGCAUGAGGUGCACCGAGUGCGGGGUCAAGUGCCACGAAAAGUGCCAGGACCUGCUCAACGCCGACUGCCUGCAGAGGGCGGCGGAGAAGAGCUCCAAGCACGGGGCGGAGGACCGCACCCAGAACAUAAUCAUGGUGCUGAAGGACCGCAUGAAGAUCCGGGAGAGGAACAAGCCCGAGAUCUUCGAGCUGAUCCAGGAGGUGUUCGCCGUCGUCAAGGCCACGCACGUCACGCACAUGAAGCAGAUCAAGCAGAGCGUGCUGGACGGCACCUCCAAGUGGUCCGCCAAGAUCAGCAUCACGGUGCUGUGUGCCCAGGGUCUCCAGGCCAAGGACAAGACGGGCUCCAGUGACCCCUACGUCACCGUGCAGGUGGGCAAGACCAAGAAGAGGACCAAGACCAUCUACGGCAACCUCAACCCCGUGUGGGAGGAGAACUUCAAUUUCGAGUGCCACAACUCCUCCGAUCGGAUCAAAGUCCGGGUGUGGGACGAGGACGAUGACAUCAAGUCGCGCGUGAAGCAGAAGUUUAAGAGGGAGUCGGACGACUUCCUGGGGCAGACCAUCAUCGAGGUCCGCACCCUGAGCGGGGAGAUGGACGUCUGGUACAACCUGGACAAGCGCACGGACAAGUCUGCAGUGUCCGGGGCCAUCCGGAUGCACAUCAACGUGGAGAUCAAAGGAGAGGAGACAGUGGCUCCUUAUCACGUCCAGUACACCUGUCUGCAUGAGAACCUGUUCCACUACGUGACGGACAUCCAGAACACAGGCGUGGUGAAGAUCCCCGACGCCAAGGGCGACGACGCCUGGAAGGUGUACUUCGAGGAGACGCCGCAGGAGAUCGUGGACGAGUUCGCCAUGCGCUACGGCGUGGAGUCCAUCUACCAGGCCAUGACCCACUUCGCCUGCCUGUCGUCCAAAUACAUGUGCCCGGGCGUCCCGGCGGUCAUGAGCACCCUGCUGGCCAACAUCAACGCCUACUACGCCCACACCACCCAGGCCACCAACAACGUGUCCGCCUCCGACCGCUUCGCCGCCUCCAACUUCGGGAAAGAGCGGUUUGUGAAGCUCCUGGACCAGCUGCACAACUCCCUGAGGAUCGACCUCUCCAUGUACCGGAACAACUUCCCGGCUAGCAGCCCUGAGAGGCUUCAGGACCUGAAGUCCACCGUUGACCUGCUCACGAGCAUCACCUUCUUCAGAAUGAAGGUCCAGGAGUUGCAGAGCCCUCCGAGGGCCAGUCAGGUGGUGAAGGACUGUGUCAAAGCCUGCCUCAACUCCACCUACGAGUACAUCUUCAACAACUGCCACGAGCUGUACAGCCGCGAGUACCAGACAGACCCCUCCAAGAAAGGGGAGGUGCCCCCCGAAGAGCAAGGCCCCAGCAUCAAGAACCUGGACUUCUGGUCCAAACUCAUCACCCUCAUCGUGUCCAUUAUUGAGGAGGACAAGAACUCCUACACCCCUUGCCUCAACCAGUUCCCCCAGGAGCUGAACGUGGGGAAGAUCAGCGCUGAGGUGAUGUGGAACCUGUUCGCCCAGGACAUGAAGUACGCCAUGGAGGAGCAUGAAAAGAACCGUCUGUGUAAGAGUGCUGAUUACAUGAACCUGCACUUCAAGGUGAAAUGGCUGUACAACGAGUACUGCAAGGAUCUGCCUUUCUUCAAGAGCCGCGUGCCUGAAUACCCUGCGUGGUUCGAACCGUUUGUCAUCCAGUGGCUGGAUGAAAACGAGGAAGUCUCGCGAGACUUCCUGCACGGCGCCCUGGAGAGGGACAAAAAGGACGGGUUCCAGCAGACGUCUGAGCACGCUCUGUUCUCCUGCUCGGUGGUGGACGUCUUCUCCCAGCUCAACCAGAGCUUCGAGAUCAUUAAGAAGCUGGAGUGCCCCGACCCGCAGAUCGUGGGCCACUACAUGAAGAGAUUCGCAAAGACCAUCAGCAACGUGCUGCUUUCCUACGCUGACAUCAUCGCCAAGGACUUCGCCAAUUACUGCUCCAAGGAGAAAGUGCCCUGCAUCCUGAUCAAUAACAUCCAGCAGCUGCGAGUUCAGCUAGAGAAGAUGUUUGAGGCCAUGGGAGGCAAAGAUCUGAACGUGGAGGCCAGCGACAUUCUGAAAGAGCUGCAGGUGAAGCUCAACAACGUCCUGGACGACCUGAGCAGGGUCUUCGCCACCAGUUUCCAGCCGCACAUAGAGGAGUGUGUGAAGCAGAUGGGGGACAUCCUGAGCCAGGUGAAGGGGACAGGGAACGUCCCGGCCAGCGCCUGCAGCAGCGUGGCCCAGGACGCAGACAACGUCCUGCAGCCCAUCAUGGACUUCCUGGACAGCAACCUGACGCUCUUCGCUAAGAUCUGUGAGAAGACGGUGCUGAAGCGCGUGCUGAAGGAGCUGUGGAAGCUGGUGAUGAACACCAUGGAGAAGACCAUCGUCCUGCCGCCGCUGACCGACCAGACGGGCAGGGUGAAGCUUGCUUGUCACAGUGAUGGCACUCAGCUCAUCUUCAACGCUGCCAAGGAGCUGGGCCAGCUCUCCAAGCUCAAGGAGCACAUGGUCCGUGAGGAGGCCAAGGCGCUCUCUCCCAAACAGUGUGCGGUGGUGGAGCUGGCUCUCGACACCAUCAAGCAAUACUUCCACGCGGGAGGGGUGGGGCUCAAGAAGACCUUCCUGGAGAAGAGCCCGGACCUGCAGUCCCUGCACUACGCCCUCUCCCUCUACACCCAGGCCACGGACAAGCUGAUCAGGACCUUCGUGCAAUCCCAGAAUGCACAGGGUUCAGGGGUGGACGACGCCGUGGGAGAGGUGUCCAUCCACGUGGAGAUCUUCACCCAUCCCAAUACGGGGGAGCACAAGGUCACGGUGAAGGUGGUGGCGGCCAACGACCUGCGGUGGCAGACUUCAGGGAUCUUCAGGCCCUUCGUCGAGGUCUUCAUCAUCGGACCACACCUCAGCGACAAGAAGAGGAAGUUCGCCACCAAGUCAAAGAACAACAGCUGGGCUCCGAAGUACAAUGAAACCUUCGCAUUCACCCUGAGCAGCGAGGCGGGGCCCGAGUGCUACGAGCUGCAGGUGUGCGUGAAGGACUACUGCUUCGCGCGGGAGGACCGGACGGUGGGCAUGGCGGUGCUGCAGCUGCGGGACGUGGUGGCGCGCGGCAGCGUGGCGUGCUGGCUGCCGCUGGGCCGGCGGGUCCACAUGGACGAGACGGGUCUGACCGUGCUGCGCAUCCUGUCCCAGCGCAACAACGACGAGGUCGCCAAGGAGUUCGUCAAGCUCAAGUCCGACCAGCGCUCGGCCGAGGAGGGCAGGGGGAGCUGAGCGCCGCCCCCGCGCGCGCGCGACACCCUCUCAGGGAUGGGGCCCCGAGCUACCCGCUACACUGCCCCCCCCCACCCCCCUCUCUCUCCCUCUCUCGCCCUCUCAACUCUCUCCCCCUCCCUCUCUCUCUAGCUAUCUCUCUCCCUCCCUCUCUCACUCUCUCUCUCUCUUUCUCCCUCUCUAUCGAUCUCUCCCUCCCUCUCUCUCUCUAUCUCUCUCUUUCUCUCUCCCCCUCUAUCUCUCUCCCUCCCUCUCUCUCUCUUUCAUUCUCUCUUUCUCCCGCUCUCUCACUCUCUCUUUCUCUCUCUAUAUAUAUAUAUAUAUAUAUAUAUAUAUCUCUCUGAGUCCACUUGCUCCUUUGCACUGACACAUACACACACACACACACACACACACACACACACACAAGUCCAUACAUGCACACUCGCAGGUACACACACAGAAACAACUACAGAGGACACGCUGACAAACUCAAGUGGACAACCUGCCGUACACUUAUUCUCCUUUGACUACUUUGACUGAAACGGACACGCAAACACGCACUGCCCUGUCUUACUACCUAUGGUGUCCUUAUAACGGGGGGGACCCUGUCCCCACCACUCCAGCAGCUGUCCUCACCCUCUCCAACAGCGAUAACCCCACACACACCGACUCACUGAAACCACACACACCAACCAACAGCCAGAGUCGAACUUAUACUCACUACAUUUUCUAGUUACACGUGAUUUUAUUUUCAAGUAAGAUACCUUUUUUUUUUUUUUUUUUUUGAAAAACCAAUGAUCAAAAAGCAAAAAAAAAAAAAAGUGAAUAUUUAUCUACGAGAGGCAGAAUUACAGCAUGCAAUUUAGGGAAAGAAGCUCUCCCCUUCCGACAUUCCCUCUCUUUUAACUGAAAAACGAUUACAGAAAUAUGUCAGGGUAUGUCUGCGUUCACAGGGUUAGAAGUUUUUGUUGUUCCUCUGCUUUUACCCCACUCUCUCGCCUUCUUCCCUGACCACAUCAACUGCACAGUCUUCAACCCGGACAAAAUAUACCUCUCUCCAGGCCAAUCUGCAAAAACCAAGUCCCCACUAAGACUGUGUAUUUCAAGGAUACUGAAAUCUGGCUCUCGGGGGCCAGUAGCACUGCUGGUUGUCACUCCUCUUCCUCCUCCAAUCAGGGACUGAUUUAAACCUGACGCACCAGUCUCUGGCCAAUCAGGGACAUUAUUGGACUGUGGACUGUCAGGCAGAAGAAGAGAAAACCAGCAGUUGCUGACUUGAGAGCAGCAGUAUCUGAGUAUCCCCGGUGUGUCUGAUUGGUUAUAAGAAGACCAGAGGUGUGUCUGAUUGGUUAUAAGAAGACCAGAGGUGUGUUUGAUUGGUUAUAAGAAGACCAGAGGUGUGUUUGAUUGGUUAUAAGAAGACCUGAGGUGUGUUUCCUGGCUCAGCAGAGGACGACUUAGGCUCAGCUUGAGUUUAACACCCAUCCCUCCCUCCUCCUUCGCAAAAAAAAAAAAGAGUCUUUGGAAGUCCUCAAAGAGAAAGAAAAUGGAAGCUCUAAUUAGCAUGCUGUUUUUAGUGACGCGUAUGGUAAAAGCGGCGCGAAGACUUUGCACUUGAAUUUUUUUUAUUUAUUAAUUCUGUAGGUGUGAGAUGUUUGAGUUUGUCUUUCUGUCUGUUUGAGAAUUCACUUCCCCCCCCCCCCCCCCACCUCCAGAUUCAUGUAGACCCCCUUUCAUUCUGUCGCUCUGUCUGUCUCAGCAGUUCCCCUUGUACAUAAUAAGACCCCCGCAUGCCGAAAUCUACCCUCCCCAGCACUGUGAUUAAUUUCAUG